UUGGUCUCGCGCACUGAGGUACGGCGGGCUCUGAUUGGUCCCGAGGGCUGAGGCACGGCGGCCUCUGAUUGGUCCCGUGCUCUGAGGCACGGCGGGGCCUGAUUGGUCGCGGGCGCUGAGGGACAGGGCUUGAACCCCAGAGGGGCGGGAGCAGCGCCGGAGGAGGCGUGUCCAGUGCGCUGUGGGCGGGGCCAUGCCGAAGCGCGGGAAGAAGAAGGAGGAGAGCGGCAGCGGGGAUGAGGCUGGGCCUGGCCCAGCGAAGGCGGCCAAGGCAGCGCCAGCCCCGAUGUAUGAGGACCCGCCCACCCGCGAGGCCACGCCCGAGGGGCGGCGCUGGACCCUCAAGGUGUCGUCGUGGAACGUGGACGGGCUGCGGGCCUGGGUGCGCAAGGGCGGGGCCCAGUGGGUGCAGGAGGAGGCCCCGGAUGUGCUGUGCCUGCAGGAGACCAAGUGCGCGGUGUCGGCCGUGCCCGCCGAGAUCCGGGCGCUGCCGGGGCUCCCGCACCAGUUCUGGUCCAGCGCCAAGGACCGGCCGGGCUACAGCGGCGUGGGGCUGCUGGCCAAGACCGAGCCCCUCAACGUCACCUACGGCAUCGGUGACCCUGAGCACGACGUCGACGGCCGCGUGGUGACGGCCGAGUUCCCGUCUCUCUUCGUGGUCUCGGCCUACGUCCCCAACGCCGGGCGGGGCCUGGUGCGCCUGGAGCCGCGGCUGCGCUUCGACGCCGCCUUCCUGGCCUUCCUGCAGCGCCUGGACGAGCGGAAGCCGGUGCUGCUCUGCGGCGACCUCAACGUGGCGCACCAGGAGAUCGACCUGUGCCACCCGCGCGUCAACCGCGCCAACCCCGGCUUCACGCCGCAGGAGCGCGAGGGCUUCUCGCGCCUGCUGGCCGCCGGCUUCGUCGACUCCUUCCGGCACCUGUACCCCGAGGCGCGCGGCGCCUACACCUUCUGGACCUACCUGGGCGGCGCCCGCGCCCGCAACGUGGGCUGGCGGCUCGACUACGCCGUGCUGUCGCGGCGGCUGCUGGGCGCCCUGUGCGACUCCAAGAUCCGCAACGCCGUGGCCGGCAGCGACCACUGCCCCAUCACCGCCCUGCUCGCUGUCUAGGGCGCGGCGCCGGGCCGGAGCUGACCCCGAAAUCCGCCCAGAGCCGGCUUAAAUCCGCUCGGGACGGUUCAAAGUUCGACGGGGAUGGCGCCGUCGCGGCCAGAGCGGCGUCACCCGCUUUUAAUUGGAUUGGGCGUUGGCUCAAAUUGGCUCAAAUUGGCCCAAAAUAGGCGUGGAGAGACUUAAAAUUAAGCUGGGCUGGGUUGGGCCAAAAGCGUCUCUCGAAACCGGCCCGAAAUUGGAAUAAUUUCACUGAAAAUGAGUCAGAGUCGGGUGGUGAUGGCGUCAUCAAGGCCAAGAUGGCAUCGUCUGCUUUUGAUUGGAUGCACGUUGACCCAAAUUUGACUCAAAAUAGGCUUUUGAUGACAUCAUCAAGGCCAAGGUUGCGCCACCUACCUCGACUCGGCCAGAGCUUAACCCGAAAUUGCCUCGAAAUGACCCAAAAUCGAUGUGGAAACACCCAGAUUACGUUGUGAUGAUGUCAUCAAGACCAAGGUGGCGUCCUGCUCUCGGUUUUAUCCCAAUUCCCCCAAAACGGCCCAAAUUUGGGCCUCUCAGGUGCUGCUGUCGAUGCCCGGACACAAAACUUCCCCAAAUUGGUUCCCACCCCUCCCCCCUGGCCCUGCCCCCUCAGGCCCCGCCCCCAGCCC